AUGUCGGAGGAUGAUGGGCUGACGGGCGCUUACAAGGGGGCUAAUUUUGCUAUUAAGAUAGUUAUUGGGGUGUUUAUUGGAAUCUCCUGGUACAAUGCACUGGAACUAUGCGUUCUGGUCUUUGUUACCUUCAGCCAUUAUAGAGGCCUUUACUUCUGGAGUCUUUUGAUAUCAGCUACCGUCGGCGUUAUGCCGUAUGCACUCGGUUUUUUGCUCAAGCUCUACAACUUGAUGGAUAGUGUUUGGCUGUCCCUCGUUUUUCUCACAAUUGGCUGGUGGACCAUGGUUACUGGCCAGUCCUUUGUCCUAUACUCUCGGCUUCACCUUGUUAUCCGCGACCAAAAGAUCCUACGACGAGUCCUAUGGAUGAUAAUUUGCAAUAUUUUCAUCUUACAUCUACCUACGACCGUCCUUACCUUCGGUUCGAAUUCGAGUCACCAAGAGAAGUUUGUUCCAGCAUACAAGAUUAUGGAAAAAAUACAGAUGACCGGGUUUUUCAUCCAAGAGGUUAUCCUCUCUACCCUCUAUAUUUGGGAAACAAUGAAGAUGCUACGGAUCGCACCGAAACAUGGAAACCGGAAGAUCAUGUAUCAACUUCUCGGUAUCAACCUUAUCUUCAUCGUCAUGGAUCUCGCGCUCCUGGGCACGGCUUAUGCCAACCUAUACGUUAUCGAAACGACAAUCAAAGCCAUGAUAUACAGUGUUAAGCUGAAGCUUGAAUUUGCUGUUCUGGGCAAGCUUGUCCAUUUGGUCAACAUACAUUCAUGGAAUCCUGAGUUUUUCAGCGGAGCAAACGGCUACCCUGAUUUCGUGGACCCAACUCAGAUAACGACUGACAUUACUCGGCCACCUCAAUGUGUUAAUAGCCCUCCCAGGCCGCCGUGGUCAUUUCCAGACCACCUACCUAUUACCUCAGAUCUAGAGUUUGGCGGGAAAACAGACGUGGCGCCCUCGAGCAGCGGCAGUUUGGCUACGACACAUAUUACCCCAUGCACCCCCAAUGGAGUUCCAGCACCGACACCAAUUGAUGUUACACAUGCCCUACCCUCCCAGGAUACAUCACCCAAUAACCUUCCUAAAUGGCCGAGUUAA